CUCUAAUUUAAGACUUAUCUUUAUAAAAUUGAUGAACUAUUCAAAGAUGUAAUGUACAUACAUGAUCAUGAUUCAAUAAUUGCCAUUUGCAUAGAUUCAAAUUAUAAGGAAUUUCAGAAUAUCUAGCAGUUCAAACAAAGAAUGGAUCAUCUAAUCAAACCUACUCUUUCUUAAAUAUAUUUAAAUUUUCAAUCCAUUUCCUAAGAGGAAAAUUUUUGCAAUAGAAAUCUACACACGCUAAAUCAAUGCCUAAGCAGCCUUUCUAAAUUUAUCAUAAAUAGAACACGAUGUUGAAAAAAUGGAUAAGGAUAGUUUUGAAAAUAUACACACCAUAGAGAAUAAUCAAAUAAGCAAUUCAUUCAAUGACACUUCAAUAAUAAGCCCUCUGAUGCCUGUAGUCUAAUUUCAGGAUAAGACUAGCAAAAGAAGUUGUUUUAGGGAAACCUAAAGUGAAAUUCUAAGAAGGUGGCAAGACUGUCACUAUGGAAAAGAACACUGUUAUUGUACUCUGAGAAUUGUAUUGUCAGGACAAUAUAGAAAUACGCAUACGGAUCUUAUCAUUUCUGUCUGGUUGUCUGAACUUUGGAUUUAUUGAGG